AUCCCAGCUUCAGCGCUCUGGCCAGAACGCUGAGAGAGGCAGCGAACAGUAGAGGUCCAGCGUUAGCCUCGCUACUCAUUCGGACGGGGAGACGCUGAUCCGAGAAGAGGCUUCGCUGGGAAUAUUCCCAAAAGCAAAUGUUAACUUUCGGCUAGCACAGUUUGCUAGGCUGUCUAGCGCGUCGGGGGGCUAGCUCUCAGUUCGCUCGCUGCUGUUCUACGGGGGAAAUAGCAAAAAUGUCGUCUCCAAGUCCGGGUAAAAGGCGAAUGGAUACCGACGUGGUGAAACUCAUUGAGAGCAAACAUGAAGUCACCAUCCUCAGCGGACUCAACGAAUUUGUAGUGAAGUUUUUCGGGCCACAAGGAACGCCGUAUGAAGGAGGCGUGUGGAAGGUGCGAGUAGAUCUUCCUGACAAAUACCCUUUCAAAUCACCGUCAAUAGGAUUCAUGAACAAGAUUUUUCAUCCCAACAUAGAUGAAGCGUCAGGAACAGUUUGCCUAGAUGUCAUCAACCAAACGUGGACGGCUCUGUACGAUCUGACCAACAUCUUUGAGUCGUUCCUGCCUCAGCUGCUGGCGUACCCCAACCCCAUCGACCCUCUGAAUGGAGACGCAGCCGCCAUGUAUCUUCACCGGCCAGAAGAGUACAAGCAGAAAAUCAAAGAGUACAUCCAGAAAUAUGCAACAGAGGAAGCCCUGAAGGAGCAGGAAGAGGCGGCAGGUGACUCUUCAUCUGAAAGCUCCAUGUCUGACUUCUCAGAAGAUGAGGCGCAGGACAUGGAGUUGUAGUGAUAGGAGGGCUCCCCCAUCCCACCCCCUCCUCUAACCCCCACAGAGACUAUAUUUGAUUUCCUAACCAUGAGAAAGCAGACUUAUAAUAUUCAUAUGUAAACAAGUUGAUUUUUUUAUUAUUAUUACUAAACAAGGAUUUUUAUGGAUAUCUAGCCCUCGGUGUGUUUGACAGACACCCUUCCCAUUCUGUAGCUGUUUCUCCCUCCAGAUAUCUCGCCUGCCUUCACAGUGUCUCCAUGUCACCUCUGCAUUUUCAGCUGUGCCAUGUCGUUGAAGGCAGCGAAUCUCCCCGUGAACAUCUCGUUUCUUUACUCCAGUUUUGCUUUUUAAAAACACAACUGUCUACGUUGACCUGACUCCUGAUUCCCGUCGUUUUUCCCCACAAUGCCAGUUGAUUCUGACCCACACUAUCCUCCUGGCUCGCCUGCAGAGCUGCGUGGAUGUUUCUCUCCUGGGUGCUCUGAUGUAUAAAAUAUUACCGUGUGGUCAAGACAGUAUUUUAAGGUGCACAAUCACACACAAGGUAGCACACUUUAUAUAAAGAUGCAAAACAAGUGUAGUGCCAUAAAGACAGGAGGAUCAAGCCCAAAGGUCUCGACUGAGACACGUCAGUGACACGACGCCUUCUCUACUCAGUGCGGAUGCUACACUUGCUGUUACUUUUUGUUACUAUCGAUCUGAUGCAGUUUCACGCGUCGCUCUGCAGGGCUUAAUAAGUUUUGUUUAAGAAAUAAAUGACAUACGUGUUAGGUGGUGAGGUGACAGUAACCGUGUUAUGGGCACUUCUGUGGCCGUUUUGUUGAACAAUCAAAGUAGUGUUUUUUUGUUUCUGAGGGGUUUGUGGAGAUUGUGGUCAGAUUCACUUGGUAUUAUGGUGAUUGAAAAUGAGAGCAACUUCAACCAUCUGACCAGUUUAUGUUUCACACGAAUUACACUGUUCUGUUAUUAGGCAGCAGCUCAAACUCACAAGCAGCAUUUAUUGUGCCCUUUUGCUUCUAAAGGGGCUCAGUGAUAACUGUCCCGGGUCACGAGGACAGGUGGCGAUUUAUUCCAGUAAACUCAGAAAACCUGCAUCAAAGUUAACUUUGCUUCCUGUGUAAAGCAACAACAGUGGUCAUAUGGUUGACUGGAAGCUCUCAAUAUGAGAUUUGUUGAAGAUUUGAGUUUGUGACAGAUGAGCCCUCCUCGCAUUCCACUGAUCCUGUUUGGAUCCUGUUUGUGUUUGCUCCAGUGCAUGCCCUUCACACUGCUCUGACCCGUAGUUUGUACCCCGGCCACAUCGACCGGUCUGUCAAUUCAUGUGUGUCGACCAUUGGAUUAUUGGAUUACUAGUUUGAAGAUUUAAAACAGGAGCCCAGUGUUUGGCUUGUAAUAAUUUUCAUUAUAGGCAAAUUAGUUUAGGGGAAGUAUGUGCAAAUUGGACAGAGAAGAAAGUUCUUUUGUUGAAUCACUGGCAGGUUAAGAUGUAGAUCCAUCCCUUGUGGACAGAGAUGGCUGUUGCUGCUUUGUGUUUUUUAUUUUUUUUUUUAAUUCCAUGUCCUCACAUUUUUGCCCGAUGGGGGGGUCAACAUGUUAGUGUGUGUGUGUGCGUGUGUGUGUGAAUGCGUGUGUUUGUACAGCAUCUACCUUGUACAGUGAUAAAACGCAUCUCUGUAGCCUCAUCGAGUCUCCGCAUUGAACCCACAGCUCCGAGUGUUGCUUAUCGAGGCUCACAUGACAGUCAAACUACCUAGAAAACAUCGGCACAGGUCAGACAGCGUCGUACUCAGGAGGUCACGUUUUCCUUUUUGAUUUUAGUGCGUGUGCCUCAUCGUCAAAGAGGUGUCCAUUUAAUUAAGUCCCCAGAAGCUAUGAAGGUCAGACAUAACUCAAAAAGCACAUUGUUUCCAAUCAUUUACCUUUUCUUUUCCUUCUUCAAUCUGACCCUGAGCAGUGAUUUUUCACAUCUCCGCUUUCGCUCGGUUGCAGAGUAGGGAAACGACCCAGGCCCGAGUGCCGCUGGGUGAAUUCGAGUUUCUGUAGGAUUGUUGGACGUUCAUGGUUCAGGUUUGAAAUGCAGCUUGGUUGAUUCCAUUGUGUGACUCAUAAGACGUGGUAAGGUUGGAAAUCAUGCUAAUAUUUGUGGAACUGUGCUUUUGACAUGUCAGGGUAGUUAGUUUUGCUGGGUGGUGACUUCAACUAAACAACAUAUGCUCUAUGGCUGUAUUACAGGUAAAGUUAGCUAGUUUGGUAUAUUCACCUAAUGAACAAUUCAUUGCACAUCUGACCUUUAGUUAGUGACUUUUGUGUGGUUGUAUGUCGGAUACUGUCUGCUUGUUCUCUUCUUGCAGAUGCAGGUGUAGAUUUCAGUCCGGGCUGACGUUUGGCCUGUAGUGAGCCUGACAGAUAGAACUGUACAGAAAUCAAAGGCGUGGUUUAGACCCUUUCCCCCAGAAAUAACACAUUUCUGUGUGCAACACAGAGGCACCUCCUUUAAUCUCCAGUUGAAGCAUUGGGGAUGUUUAGGGGGUUAUCUCGUGGUCUGCUUCCAACAGGAUGCAGCAUUUUACUGAAUAUUGUUAGAACAAAUUGCAGAUUGUAUGCAGAACCACACUUUCACAAUCGGCUUGUGUUUUGCCCAUAAGCUGCCUAUAAAUGUGUAUUUAUUCAUCUAGGAGACCUGUUCUUUUUUGAUUUUUAAUCUUUGUCAUCGAGCACCACUGCUGUAAGUUAUGGUUCCGCUGAAACAUUGGUCUGCUGAGGACACGCUCUGGAGUUUUUGGGGUUUGUUUUAAUUGAAACUCUUGUUUUACUUUGCAUUUCUGAAGUAUUGUACUGAAAAUAAAUUAUGUCCAAGUUGUGAAUUGUAAUAGCAAAAUAUGAUGCAGUGGUGCAACAGGGAACUCUUGAUAUUUUUGUCCUUCUCAGAGACAAGAUACUUGUGUUUAGGUAAAAUAAAAAAGGGGUUGGUUUUCAGCAUAAUCUGCAUCUGCUGGGCAAUAAACAACAAUGUAUGACCUACUCAGCUGUGGCCUGGUGUUGCUCCUGUAAACAUGACAAACACCCAAUCUUCAGUGGCCUCCUUUUGGUUUAUUCUUUGGUUUGUUUAAUCUACAUGUUUACUUAUUCAGUGUCAAGUGAAAAAAUUACUGCCUUUCAUUCAGGUUCUCUUCACCUUGAGAGUUUCUUCAAAAAUGCUGAUGCCCCACUGCGACUUGAAUUCUUGAAUUAUUUUUGUAACUGAAUGGACAAACCUGCUUUUAAUUCCUUUUUAGUUUUCUGCUCUCCAGCUUUGAUAACACACACUUAAGCGUGUUUACUACCCUGAAAUCUGGGGGUUUCCACGAGUCCACAAGCCUGCAUAGAAAGUGGAGUACGGAGCCAUAGCAGAACAGUCGUACUCAGCAGGACGAAGGGCCUGAGUGAACUGCACGGACUGGUCUUACACUUAAUCCCUGGACAGGAUUUCCAAAGCCAGCUCCUCAUUCGCGUCUGCAGCUGCAGAGAAUCCUCCCUCGCAUCCCACGUCGCCUCCCAAUGUGUUGACUGUGUCUCUUUGCGCACUUGCAUGCUUCCGGCGUGGGGGUCGAGGCGUCCCACUCUGUGCCGGCCUGCUGCCGCCAUCAGGGCAUCACCACAUGCACAAUGGCAGUUUUUAUAGAAGCUGUGUAUUUGGUACUUAGCGUGUGAUACUGGGGGGUUCAAAGGAUUUUCUGUUUGGAGAAGUCCAUCCUUGGUCUUAGUUUAAAUCUCACUCUUUGCCCUUCUCUUGUUCCUUUCUUUGCAUUGUGAAGUAGGCAUGCCUGUCAAAAAGACAAAUGCUCUCUAUUAAUAGGCUUAUAACCUCCAUAAAUAGUUGUGUAUAAAAUAAACUGUUAUAACUUCUUUUUUAAUAAAACAUUCAAUGUGUAUGAA